AUGAGUUUUUUUUGGAGUUUACAAGAAAAUGAAAAUGUUGAUGAGGAAGAUGAAGAAAAUGAUGCAGACUUUGAGCUAGAAAUUGAAGAGGUGCUUGAGAGUGACCUUGAUGAAAAUACCAGGGAUAAGACCCAUGAACAGGAGUAUGAGGCAGUUGGUCGACGUCUAAAGACCAGGCAAAAUAGGCACCAAAAAGAUUUUUUUAAACACAAGAAAAAGCUGCUGGGACAGAUGAAUAGGCCACUACGCCCCCUCUUACUCAUUGGCCCAGCUCCAUCUUUCAAAUUUUUUGAUGGUAAAAGUUUGAUGCCUAAGAAUGCUCCACAAUGUCUGCUUUCCUCUGCAAAUAAUGGUCCUGUAAAUGGGUUUAGUCCUCAUCAAAUAGGCCAGUUGCAUGGCUUAAUAAAUGAGCAUGUGCAACUUCUUAUUCAGAUUUUUUCUCUAUGUGUUAGCGAGCCUGCUCGACAGCAGAUUGCAUCUGAACUUAGGGGAUUGAUUCAGUGA